CUGGUAAACAGGUGUCACGUGACCUUGAGUUGCCAUUCACUCGUUUUUUGGAGUGUAUAUAAAAGGGGUUACAUUCGCAAGAAGUGCAUACAUUCGUCCUCACAAUCUCGCAAAAUGAAGACUGCUGUUCUUUUCGCCAUCUUGGCUGUGGCCCUAGCUGCCCCUGCCCCUGAGAAACCAGCAGCAGAAGCAGGAGGGGCUGCCCCUCUGCCCAUCGCCAUCAUGAGACAGGUCCAGGUCAACCCUGAUGCCCUCGGCGCCCACAGCUCCGACUUUGAAGCCGAGAACGGAAUCGUCUUCCAGUUCUCUGGAUCCGAGGGAGUCCUCGGCGGAGCCAACAUGAUCGGAUCCUGGAGCUACCCACAAGCCGACGGAACCUUGGCAGAGGUCACCUUCGUGGCCGACGAGAACGGAUUCCAGCCCCAGUCCUCGUUGUUGCCAGUGGCUCCUGCCUUCCCCCACCCCAUCCCACAGUUCGUUCUCGACCAGAUCGAGUUCGCCCGUCUCGAGGACGAGAGGAGGGCCAAAGAAGGAGUUUCCAAGGCUGAAGAAUAGCUUACGAAGCAGGAAUUAAGUCUAAAAAAAGUCUUCGUGUGCGUUACAUAAUCGUCUCUCCGAAUGUUUAUUUAAUUGUUUAAUCGCUUUACGAAUAUUAAUGUAAUAAAGUUAUUGAUUCAAA